AUGCUCUUCAACUAUCUCAACCUCGCUUACUCCCAUUUCAAAUGGGUUUUAGAGUUCCUUCUCUACCAACCAUUUUACAGCCUCCGUCUUCAUCAUCAUCAACCUCUUCAAGAUCAGUUUCAUAUAUUUACAGAAGAAGAAGUAGAGAGAUGGCGUCCUUGUGAAGGAGGAGAAGGAGAAGGAGAAGUGGAUUGUGCAGUGUGUCUGAGCAAGAUCGGUGAAGGAGAUGAAGUUAGAGUUCUGAGAUGUGAACAUGCUUUCCAUAGAAACUGUUUGAAUCAAUGGGUUGCAUUCAGGAACUUCACUUGUCCUCUUUGUAGGGAUUUUCUGGGUUCUGGGAUUAGGAAUGUUGUUCAUGAUGAUGGAGGAGGAACACAUGUGAUUUUCUUUAAGUUUUCUUCGUUCUCUGGUAAUUCUGAACGUGACAACUGGUGGCUAAGUUCAUCGUAG